AUGUGCGUCGCCCAGGGAUACUGCAGGGCGUGCUGGAACCACGCUGGGGUCUUGUACUGUCCCUCCCUCCACAUAUCCCUGUUCUUGCCAAGUUUCCACCAGACCCUGACGCCGUUGUUCAGGCGUUUGGAAGGCUGCACGUCGGGCAGAAACACUACAUCGACGGCUUCCUCAACGGCGUCGCGCGAGACGUUCGCGAAUACGAACAGAGGCAUGAUCGAGCACCCGGCCUCUGCGUGGCGGCGCAAGGCGCAGACGCGCCUGUGGGUCAUCCAGGUCGUCCUGUGCACGUUGCGCACGUCGCAGGCGUAG